AUGGCGAUGACGAUGACUGGCCGUGUGCUGCUGGUGUGUGCCCUCUGCGUGCUGUGGUGCGGUGCCGGCGGUGGUGGAUGUGCUGAAGCGCCUUCUUCAGCUCCUCCGGGUUCUUCGCCCGACAAGAACCCUCAAAACGAGAAUGAUACCACACGUGGCGCUGCAGAAGGUGACCAAAACGGUGAACAGGCAGCGCCACAAGUGCCCACAUCACCAACGAAUUCAGAAUCACAGGGAGUGCCAGCGAACCCGCCACAUACAAUACAACCCGAAGGAGCAUCAGAAACGACAAGUACAACGAAGGGCAGCAAGGAUCAAAAUGCACAAGAAGGUAAAAAGGGGGAAAAAGAAGAGAAAGAGAAAGACGACGAAGACGAAGCAGAGGAAGAGAAAGAGGUGGAAGUGGAAGAAGACGAAGAGGAAGAGGGGGAGACAAAGAAAGGAGGAGUUGUUGCCAGCACCACAGAGGUGACCUCAGCAGUUAGUCAAGAGCAGCCAAGUUUCUCUUCUGGUGCGGCGGGAGCAUCGAAUAUAACAAAUCCCAACAGCACACAAACAACUGGAGACGAUGAUCCAGCAGCUGAUGUUUCAGGAACACGAGAGGCAAAACAAAAUGAAAAUAAAGAUGCCAAUCCGAAAGAAACACCAGUCGAAGCCACAGCCAUGAAAAAUACAACGGCGACGACUGGCGACAGUGAUGGCAGCACCGCGGUCUCCCACACCACCUCCCCUCUUUUGCUUCUUCUUGUUGUUGCGUGUGCGGCUGCGGUGGUGGCCGCGUGA